AUGGACGAGUACCAGGGAAUGGAGAGGUUCGGGACGGAGAACGACUUCGAAGGGGGGCAGUGGAUUGACGGGGAGUUCUACUACACCAAACGUAGGGAGAGGAGCCGUCAGCAGACGCGCGAGGACGCCAUCUAUGGAUCCUUUGCCGAGUCUGCGUCCUCGGACUCUGACGGCGGUGGAUCCUCGCGGCGGAAGCGCGGGAAAUACGACCGCGGCGGCACCGACUUCACCAAGCCCGUCUCCUUCGUUUCCACCGGCACGGUGAUGCCCGACCAGGAGAUCGAUCGAAGCCGCGUUGAGGAAAAGGAGCGCGAAGGCGCUGCCGUAGCGCCGGUGACCGAGCCGAGUGCUGCUGGUCAGGGAUUAGGGUUCGGUCUAGGUUUCGCCGCCGGGGGAUCCUCGCAGAAGAUUAAGGCAGAUGGCCGGGAUACCGGCGGCGAGGAGGAGGAAGGGGUGGAUUUCCUGCCGACGGCUUUCGGGAGGAAGAUAAAAGAAGGGGCCCAGAGGAGGGAGAAGGAAAGGGAGAAAUCCAGGACCACGAAGAAACCGGAAGGCGGGAGGAGGGCUUCAGCGUCAGGGUCGUCCGUCGAGCUCGGCAAAUUUGAGAAGCACACAAAGGGCAUUGGGCUGGCGCUCAUGGAGAAGAUGGGAUAUAAGGUGGGAGGGGGUUUGGGGAAGAACGAGCAGGGUAUAGCUGCGCCGAUUGAAGUGAAGCUCCGUCCAAAGAAUAUGGGAAUGGGCUUCAACGACUACAAAGAGGCGAAGCUUCCGGCUCUUGAUGAGGUUCCAGAGGAGAAGCCGGGAGCUGUUCUUGCCGCCCGACCAAAGGAGAAACUGUGGUCGAAGCAGAAGCAGGCUAAGAAGCCGAGAGAGUACAUGACGGCUGAGGAGCUGCUGGUUAAGAAGCAGGAGCAGGGGCUGGAUGUCGUCCAGAAAGUGCUUGACAUGAGGGGGCCACAGGUUCGCGUUUUGACCAACCUAGAGAACUUGAACGCUGAGGAGAAGGCAAGAGAGGAAAACCUGCCUAUGCCAGAGCUCCAGUACAAUAUAAGAUUGAUUGUGGAUUUGUCGGAGGUUGACAUACAGAAGAUUGACGGAGAGCUAAGGCGAGAGAGAGAGAGCGUGGUCAGCCUGCAGCGGGAGAAGGAGAAGCUUCAGAAGGAGGAGGCCCGGCAGAAGAGACAGCUUGGCAUCAUGGAAACCAUUCUGGGUGUCUUGGACACGCUGGGGGAGGAGAGCACCUCGGGAUCUCUGACACUGGAUUCACUCAUGAACACCUUCAACAGCAUGAAGGAGAGAUACCCCGAGGAGUACAAGUUGUGCAAUGUGGCAUGCAUCGCCUGUUCCAUCGCAUAUCCCCUUCUGAUCCGAGUGUUCCAGGGAUGGGAGCCACUUCAGAAUCCCUUGCAUGGUUUGAAGCUUAUGUCCUCAUUGAAGGAUCUAUUGGAUGGAGAUCGACCGUAUGAUUACUCAGAUACUAUGUUGACUUCUGCACCAUAUACUCAGCUUGUUGGCGAGGUUAUCUUGCCCGCAGUGAGGAUUGCAGGGACUAAUACAUGGCAUGCGAGGGAUCCAGAGCCAAUGCUUCGAUUCCUGGAGUCAUGGGAAGAGCUGCUGCCUCCCCCUGUCCUUCAUUCAAUUCUAGAUCACGUGGUUAUGCCUAAACUUACUGUUGCGGUAGAGUCAUGGGAUCCCUGUCGAGAGACUGUCCCAAUUCACGUUUGGGUGCACCCAUGGUUGCCAUUGCUUGGGCAGAAGCUGGAGGUUCUUUACUCAACGAUAACUGCCAAGUUAGGAAAUGUUCUUGGAGCUUGGCAUGCAAGUGAUGCUUCUGCCUUUGCCAUACUCUCUCCUUGGAAAGAUGUGUUUGAUGCUGGUAGCUGGAACCGCCUGAUAUGCGAGCGCAUCAUUCCAAAGUUGAUGGAAGCAUUGAAUGGGUUCGAAGUCAACCCCGCAAACCAGAAGCUGGACCAAUUCGAAUGGGUCAUGAGAUGGGCAUGUGUUAUCCCAAUAGAUUAUAUGGCGCCAUUGCUGGAGGCAGAGUUCUUCACCAAGUGGCUUCAAGCUUUAUACAUCUGGCUGUGCUCAAAUCCCAACUUCAGUGAGGUGACAGAAUGGUUUCUAGGCUGGAAGGGCCUCUUUCCUCAGGAAUUGCUCGCAAAUGAGAGGAUCAGACAGCAGCUCAACAGAGGGCUGGACAUGAUGAAUCAGGCAGUGGAGGGCAUGGAAGUGGUUCAGCCUGGCGCCAGGGAGAAUGUGAGCUACCUGAGGGUCACAGAAAAACGCCAGUUUGAAGCUCAGCGGCAGGCGUCAGCUAAUGCAUCUUAUCAGCAUAUGUCUGCCGUUUUAGGAAAUGGUGUUCAUGUUGAUCCCACUGGCACUGCACCUCAGACAAGCUUGAAAGAACAUAUCGAGGCAUUCGCCGUGGAGAAUGGGCUGAUGUUCGUGCCUAAAGUGGGUAGAAUGUACAACGGCCUUCCCGUCUACGCAUUCGGCAAUGUGAGCAUGGCCAUCGAUGCUCUAAAUCAAGUAUUAUUUGCACAAAGGCCCGAUGGCUGGCGCCCUGUCUCUCUCCAUCAGCUGCUGGAGAUUCAUCACAGUUCAUCACGGCGAUGA